AUGAGACUUUACUUUCACUGUCCGUCUAUGGAUUCGGAAAUUCGAGAUGUUUGUUGUUCGGAUGGUUACGAGAAGAUGACCGCGUCCAUUCAAGCUAUCGUGCGGGGAAUUAUGGUCGAUGACGAGAUCCACUUUGGUGAUGACCGUUCGGUUUCGAUGGAAUGUAUUUUUUCGAGAAAGAACCUUCAGGUAAACGGUAUUUUAAUUCAAUUGCAUCCGAUGUACACUGAUUAUCCGGAAGAUUCUCGGGAAGUCGAAGUGAUGGGAUGUAUCCUUCGUUUUGACGACGGGAGGAGUUUAAAUUUGGGAAAACCCGAAAGGGUAUGGUUCGAUCAAUGGUACGACGAGCUUUGUGCUAAUAGUUACAUCGUCGGGAAACGAUGGGAAGACGAAUUUGACGAGGUGGAAGACAAGCAUCUGUGAGUUGGUUUUACCUUUUCACGGUUAACAAGUAAUCGUUUCCGGCAACAAGUAGAACUUCACCUUAUAGACAAGACUUUUAUAUAUGAAGUAAAAACAUGUCCGUUACCGGGAUAACCAAUUUCUCCGAAGAUUCGUUUGCGUUCGAGGAUGCUGUCGAGAACAGAUAUGGUCUAAAAAAGUUAAAAUUACGGCAUUGGACCAAGAUCCACUUUUACUGAAAAUUGAAAAUUGUUUAUCGUACGGUGUAAACAAAAACGAUAAGUUUGGAAAAAUCACACAUUCCGUUCCUAUAGCCCUAGGAGGUCAGGAUAAGUUCGUGUCCGCAUUGGAGCUGGUGGAAAGAGAAUGUGCCGAUUUUGCCGGCGUGGUCGGUGAAGCCGUUAUGAAAUAUUUUUAUCGGAAAGGUGCGUCUCCAACAUUACAUGUAAAGAUUGAUGACGAGACGGAAAUCCAUCUACCGAAAGGGAACGAACGGGUAGAUCACAAGAAGUUGCAGGGUAAGCGUUUUUACUGGGAUGCUGUGAUCAAGGUGGAAAGUCUUUACGUGUCCGAAGACACCGUUUGCGUACAGGUGAAACUGUAG